GGUAACUAUCGCUCUACGACGCUCGAUUGCGCCUCCACCCUCAAACUCAACCCGAAGAACGUCAAGGCCUUCUACCGCUCCUCCAUGGCGCUGUUCAUGCUCGACAAGAUCCCCGAGGCGGAGGAUGUUGUGAACCGUGGACUUGCUCUCGAUCCGGAUAACAAGUCGAUUCAGACGAUCGGGAAAAAGGUUGGCGAGCGCAAGGCGGCGUUGGAGCGCAUCGCGGCCAGAAAGAAGGCCGAAGCCGAGAAGCUGCGCAAGGAAAACCAGAUGCUGAGCACCGCCUUGAAAGCGCGACAGAUCAGAACCCGCAAGACUGAGCAGCCCCCGGAGAUGGAAGAUGUCGGCAUUCGUCUCACGCCCGAUCCUCUCUCGCCGGAGAGCAGCCUUGAAUUCCCCGCCGUGUUCCUAUACCACAUGGAUGCGCAGUCCGACUUCAUCAAGUCGUUCUCCGAGUUGACUGCUAUCGAGGAUCACAUGGAAUACAUCUUCCCCUUGCCGUGGGACACCAAGAAGGAGUAUACCAUUGGCGGCGUAGAGUGCUUCAUGGAGACCGUCACGGGCGGGUUGAUCAAGGCCGGGAAAAAGCUUCCGCUCUUGCAGAUCCUCAGCGGAGGCAAGGUGGAGGUUGUUGACGAACUGGUUCGAAUCUACGUCGUGCCCACUUCCAAGACGGGCAAAUUCAUUGCGGAAAUGAAGGCCCGCAAGGAUAGCUGAGCUGUCUUUGACCAACCUGCAAGCUCUCCCUCUUGUCAACCCAGGAAGGAGACGAUUUGCCGUAGGUAUUCCAGGGUAAAUCGUCCUGCGACCGAAGCCACGGCAGUGUCCGCCGGUCAUGACAGUCCCGACUUGGUCGGUUCAUCAUGAAAGCAGCCACACGAAUGUCAGCAGACAUUGAGAUUUCUU